ACUCUUAUUAGGCUUCAGGCAUGUGUUGUACUUUUGAAACCUUUAAGCAAUGCCAAAUUCUCACGGCCGACCUUCAAACUGGUGACCUCCAAAUUUCACAGAUUAGAAUCUUUUGACGACCCUGAACUUCCAGCACAACAGAAAAAUAUUUGA